UUCAAACAGCUGGAUUGUUUUGCUUGAGAUGUGAAAGGGAGGGCCAGGGUCAAGAUUGUUGGUCAAAGUAACAGAUUUAAGAGUCCAGUAUGAGUGACUACAUCUGCAAGGCAAAGGUGUGUCCAUCAUACUAAAAGACCUGGGGUAAGUCAGGGAAAGAUUCAGAUGAGAAAGAAUUGCACAUACUGCAUGGAUUUGGCAGGGUGGGGAUCAACUCUGCAGAAUAGUAGACUUUGGAAUGUGGAGCAGGUCUCGAUGUCUGGUGGGUGCCUUUUACUUGUAUCAGUGACUGGCUUCUGUGUGGCUUCUGCUGGCUGUCAGGUUCUGAUGAUCUAAUUAGAAAAUGAAAGUUAUCUUUUUUUCUUAAUGAAUGUGUUAUAAUGUUCCACGAGUUUGAAAGUGGAUUUUGUUACCACUGCUUUCCUUGUUUAUUUAUUUUCUACUGAUUUAUGUUUCCUAAGAAAGACAACUGAUUUUGUUGUAAGCAUACUGUGAAAGCUUCUGUGAAGCGUAUAAAUGUAUUCUGUUUCCAUAGUUGAUAUGACACUUUGCCUCUUACAGUAUGUUGUGAGUGUGCAGCACAUUUUUAAUUUUCAUAAAGAUCCAGAUAUGAUUUUAAUCUAGACGCCUUAUGGUAAAGUACAUUUCAGCAUGCCACUGGGGCUCAGGAACUGCACAAGAAGCCUGGCUUGCUGCGGGCCAUAUGCUUGGUUGCUAUGGUGAUGCAAGCAUAUUCAUGAGGUGGAGGUCACAUGUCCAUGGAGCAAAAGGUCAGGAGGUGCAGCUCAAAUUUCAGAGGCCAAAGAUAUUUGCAUAAAAGACACAGAACCCAGAAACUGAAAAAGACAGAGAAAGCUGAUCUGAUGAAGAGAGGCAGAAAACGCGCGGUGUGGCUGGCAAAGCUAGGGACAUGUUUGGAAAUGUAGGCGCUGGGCACAAAGAAAGAUGUGUAUAAGUAAGGUGGCACCUCUUAAAUCGGCAGUAUGUUGGUAAUAAUCGUGCAGUGUUUCCUUGCUGAGCUUUAGGAAUGCCUGAAGUGGAGAAACAGAAGCUUUCUAAAAGGGAGAUGCUGUUCAGAUGCUGCAUUUGGCUGUAGCCUUAGUGUUAAUGGACUGUAUUUUCUCUGGAUAUGCAGAGAGUUGGACUUAAGUGGAAUAUCUGUGGGAAUGAGGGAUUUUCCUCCUGUCAUGUGAGUUGACCAUUAAUCAUUAAGUAGUUUGCACUAACCAUUAAGUUUAACUGUGUAAAACUGUGAUAGGUACUGAAUCAUUUCUUGCAUGUUAAAUGUAAUUCAAAUGAGAAUUUUUGUGGCAGUUGUGGGUUAUUACCAGUUUGUUAUUGCCAGGUUUGGGUUGUUGCUUCCAUUAGUGAUGAGUUGCUAGUUUUACAGUGCAACAUAUCUAAGACAAAUCAGGCCUAAAACUGGAACGUAACCCCACUGGGAUCGUAGGUAACAACAUGCAAGGCAGCAGAAGCCAUAAGAAAUCAGACAUGGUGGUCAUCAUUGAUGACGAUGAGACAGAAGGGCAAAGUUCAUGCAAAGGAAUUUCAGCAAACGAGUUAGGGGGGCAGUUAGGAAUUUCAGCAAACGAGUCAGGGGGGCAGUUUUUCUUAAUCACUAGUCUGAUUGAGUCCCUGGGAAGCAGGCUACUGAACAGUCAAAGGGAACUUGCAGCAAGAAUUGAAAACAAGUUGGAGGGUAAUCAGAAGGAGCUGUCUCAAAAGAUGAACACCUUUGAGGAGAGGAUUUUGAGCACAAUCAAUACAUUGGUGGAAAAGGUAUUAUUAAAACAGGACAUGCAAGAAUUAGAGCAAAGGCAGACUGUAAGUACGCUCUCAGCCACUGUGAUCAGUGACAGGUUAGAUGCUGUGGCCAAUAGCAUGAACAGCUUAGAGCAAAGACUGAAGGUGGUAGAAGGUGUGUUGCUUAUCAAACAAGGUGGACAAACCAUGUCUUCAGAUGACCAACCCGAGAGGCCAACUGCUGACCUUCUAAGUGCCACACCAGUGCAUUGCAAAGGUCAAGGGACUGCCAGAAUGACAGAGAGAACCUUGGAACCUUUGUUGCAGGAUAUCAAAAGAGAAAACACACCACCGCUGGCCAUCCAAGCACCUUCAGUUCCAGGUUCACCCACUGAGUUUGAGAAAGACAGAAGAAGAGAGUAUCUACAGGUGCCAACUUUUAAUGGGGAAACAGACUGGUUGGCUUUCCUAGAAGAAUUCGAGGUGAUGGCAGCACAGGCUAAACUGGAUUACUCUGAGAAAGGCUUACAGUUGGCGUUACACCUUAAGGAUGAGGCAGUGCAAGUGCUCACUCAGUUGCCUAGUGAUAAAUCGCAGGACUUCAAUGAACUGGUGCGAGUGUUAACCCUGAAAUAUGGACGGCAUUAUGAUGAACAUUACGACCACAUCAAAAAGCAAAAUGAAAGCUUUGGCAAUCUGGGAAGGGAUUUAACACUACUGUUACAGAGAGCUUACUCAAGUGUGCCACACAAUGUGAGUAACCCUUUGAUUCUGGACAAUUUUCUUAGUGGAAUUGUCAAGCCACAUGACAAAGAAAUUAGCCCUAAAACAUCUCUAGGAAGUUUCAUUAAGAAGGCAGCUCAGCAUGAGGAAAUGCUCCAAAGCACAUGCCAGGGUCCUCUAAUCUCCAGGUUCAGAGCAGAGGAGGAGGCAUUUGUGGAAUAUAAUGUUUCAGACAGCAUAUCAGAAUCUUCUUAUGAGGACAACGAGGACAGGUCUGAAAAAUCUCUACUUGAGAUCAAAAAGCUGAACAGUUUUCAGGACGGUCAUGAGUCUACGAAUGAAUAUUCCACAGAACACCUUGGCUUCAAUAAAGCCACCACCGGCCUUUUGAAACCCAACACCCAAGCUUUCAGUAGUUCACCAGGCAGUAAUAUGAGGCUCCUGCAGCCUGACUCCUCAAGACCCAAAGAAAGUGCUUUGGCACUGAGUAGAGGUGGCACCCUGGCUCUAUUAUCUUCUUCCCAUCAUGCUCAAGAAUUGAACAUCACCGCAAGGACUUCAGGUGCUACAGGUAUGGUAUCUGCUACUGCAUCACCAAACAACAGUAGAGAUAUGACCAGACUGAGCUUCAAGACAGGUAGCCUGGAAAAAUGUAACACUGGACCAGUUCAUGAUGACUUCCCCCAGAGAAAUGCUGUUGAGAGAAUGAAGACAGCGGCCAGUGUAGCUCUUUAUGACAGAAACACUGUGAUGACAUUGUCAUCUUCAUCCUCAUCGUCAGCAGAACCAGUCACAGAAGAAAACAGUAACCGGACUUUCAACUUUGAUGGGUUUGAUGCUCCAUUUAGUUCUCUGUCUGCUAGCUCAAUCUUGGCUACCCUGUCCAAAAAAGUUACUGAAAGAAGCCUUUCACCAAGCAGCCUUCUGACGGAAGAGACAUCUCUUGUGAGAUCACCGCAGAACCUUGCACAAUCAUCUGAAAUUAAACACGAACCAACAACAUUUUCAGAAACUCCAAGUCUUCAGCUGUCUUUGGCCUCUGUGGUAGACAAAUCCAUGAGCCAAGUCUGUUCCAUUGAGGAAAACGGGAAGAUGUAUCAUUGCUCUGAGUGUGGGUUGAUCAUUAAAACAAAGAGUUCAUUUAAACGACACAUGGGAAGGCACACUGGCCUGAAAGGACACUUUUGCUCACUGUGUCCUUUCCGAUGUUCUCGGAAAGACAAUCUGAAGAAACACAUGAAGCUUCAUGAGCACCAAAAUAGAGAGGAGACCUUUCAGUGUGAGAUGUGCUCAUUCACUGCUCGGAAAUUCAGUCUCAAACGACAUAUGCAGUGCCAUCAACAUUCUUCCCAGAGUGAGUGUGAUUUAAUGGAAGACUCAAUGACAGACACACCAGAGGAGGCUUUUCAUCUGGAAAAUCAUGUAGUCAGGCUGCAGAGUCAGGGCUCAAUGGACCUUCAUGGUGGGGUGAGCGAGGGAACCACUGAUCAUCUUCCAAUAAAGGUUGUUGUCAAAGAAGAGCCAGAAGAAAUGGACAUUUCUGUGUCUCCCAGCCCUAAAUACUGCACUGCUCAAGAGCCUGUUGCUUCUAACAGACUAACUGGUCUUCUAUUAAAUAUUGUUGCAGCUAAUAAAAAUAAAAUUGCAGCAAAUGAUGAAUCUCAGAAUUUCUCAUUUCAGAAGACUCAGUCUUCUAACCAAGACCUACAGUGUAUGGUUGUAGGGGCCAACACAUCAUCAACAGCAGAUCACCUUUGCUCCAACGGCAGCAGUCUUCCUCAGGGUGAUGGUGAAGCCAAGGCUGUCUUCCAACUGCCCAAGGAGGGCCCACAAGAUGACAAGAAAGUGAGUGCAGAGAGGAAUGUGUUAAAAACUGAGCCAAUGGAAGAAAGCAGCCAUGAAGAUCCCCCGAUUUGUGCUCAUACAGUAGACUUCAGCACUUUAGUCGAGCAUGAAGGCAGAAAUCAGUUGCAUGAGACCAACGUACAUGCUCGGAAUCCAUUGUUUACUGAGGAUAUCUCUGUCAAGGUGGCUUCAGAACUCCUCUUCAGACUGUCAGAGAAAGCCAAGCUGACAGCCUUUAGUGAACCUGAAUGUCAAAGGUAAAUGUUUUGAGUGUGGUUGGAUUUUAAAAGAUUCUAUUUUCCAUUUUUUCUUUUUAAGUCAUAAAAUAAUGGAUAACAAAGAAAAUCAACACUUUAUUACACCUUAAAUGGAGGUAAUUGUAAAAAUUUUAACUUUAUGUCACUGUACAACCUCAAUAAGAUACACUUGUCAAAAGAGAAUAAUAAGUUUGUAGCAUACUGUUACAUCCUGGAUGGAGUCAUUUUAUCCCCAUCCAUCCAUUAUCCAAAACGCUAUAUCCUAACUACAGGGUCACGGGGGUCUGCUAUAACCAAUCCCAGCCAACACAGAGCACAAGGCAGGAAACAAACCCUGGGCAGGGCGCCAGCCCACUGCAGGAGUCAUUUUAUUUAAUUGGUAAAUCUGCAAUAAAUAUGUAAUGAUAAGCCACAUAACCUCCCUUUCAUUACUUUAUAUGACAUAUGCUGAAGCAGGUGGUAGUUUUACUAGGGUUCACUUGAAUGCUAGACUCUCUACAAUAAUAUAUGAACAGAAUGUUAAAUUCAAGAAUGAAUUGAAGAAACUAUGAAAAAAGAAGACUUUCUAGCAGGCAUACCAUGUUUUAAACAUAUAUGUUUAUAUUAUAUGGAGGGGCUGCCCAAAGAGAAAAGAUUAAGCUUGUUAAUGUAUACAAAUUUAAUACUGGAAGCAAUGCUUAUACUUCAGAUAAUUUUUAACUUUAUUUAAUUUUUUUCCUGAACAGCACCCAAUAUGUAUACACAUACAGGGUAAGUCAAAAUUAUGUUAACACUAAUGGUACUGCUAUGUAUAUACUUAUAUACAAUAUUUGUGGUACAUGUGUCGAACAUGAUGGCAACCGGGUUGAGACAUUCCCAAAUCAUCUUGCACAUAUGAAGUAUUGUGAAUAAAUUGUUUCCGCCAUUCAAAUGUUAACAUAAUUUUGACUCACCCCGUAUGUAUAUAUAUAUGACAACAGGGAAUCAAUAAUUAUCUGCAAUCUUGUGAUAAUUUUCUGUUUCUCUGCCCACAAGUGGAAACAUGGUGUGUCUCUGGUCACAGUGGUAAAGUUCCAACCAUGAUCAGUAGUAUCACUUUUUUUACUAGGAGUAAACAUGGACACUCCACUCUCUGUUUACACAACAGAAAAGCAGCAAGUAGUGAACUGUACCAGGGGAUGAAAUCCAUAGAAGGCUUUCUACACAAUAUAGAGAUAGUGUUUUACCAUGGCAGAGUGUUUACGAAUCGAUUGAGAAGUUCAAAUAUGGCUAGACAAGUAUUAAGCACAAAGAAGGAGUGGGACACCCAUACAUGUUCACUACCGACAACAACAUCGAGUAAAUCUGUACCAUGAUUCUGACGAACUGAUGAGAAUUUUGGACUCUGAUACACGAUCAAUCCUAAAAAGUCUAUUACUGCUUGCUCUUCACCUUUGGUGCAAACAGAGAGUGGAGUGGACCUGUUUAUUCCUAUAAAACAAAAAGAGAAUGCGAUUGAUCAAGCUCACAACUUUACUGCAGUGACCACAGACGCACUAUAUUCCCAUUUGGAGAGGGAACGCAGUACAGUCAACCCAAACAAGAAUGACAAAGGUAUGGAUACAUAUUGACUUACCCUUGUGUGUGUGUAUAUAUCUAUAUAUCUAUCUAUCUAUCUAUCUA